AUGAAUAAAUUAGCUGUUUGUAUUCUUUCUUUUGUAAUUUUUGCUUUUGCUGCUGUUGCAAUCGCCGAAGAUGUUGAAGUAGUAACAGAAACUGUUGCCACUGGACCAUCUGAUGUUUCAUUCUCUUAUAUUUUCCCAGAUUAUCCAAAUAAAGAGUUCCCAGCAGGAUCAGUCAUUGAAGUUUUGGUUGGUUUCUCGAAUAACGCUGAAGUCGCAUACAAUGUCUCUGGUAUCUUUGCCUCAUUGAACCACCCACAAGAAAUGAAAUAUUACAUUCAAAACUACACUCGUGGUGAAUACGGUAUCGCCGUUCAACCAGGUCAACACACCACCUUGGCUUACCGUUUCGUUCCAGAUGCCCUUUUGGACCCAAGACAAUUCGGUCUCUUAAUCUCGAUGGACUAUCAAAACGAACUCCAAAACUUCACUCAAACCUUUUUCAACUCGACCGUCUUGAUCACUGAAAAGCCAUCCACUUUUGAUCUCGAACAAUUCUUCUUGAUUCUCUUUGCAGUUGGUAUUGUUGGUUUGGUUGUCUUCCUCGUUCAAGGUAAAUUACCAAAGUCAAAGAAGCCACGUUCAAACAAGUCAACCUCAUCAACUUCAUCAUCCUCAGUUGUCAGCAGUGACGAUACCAGCGAUUGGUUAGAGGGAACCUCUGCUACCAGCCCAAAGUUGUCUGCCAAAAAGGCUCCAUCCGCAAACAAAAAAGAAAAACUAAAUUAA